AGGGCCGGAUAUCGAUCGUGGCGAGCGAGACCUUAUCGCUCUGCGGUCCCGCGGUCCUGCAGAGUCAGCUCUCGGCAGUAUGUAGUAGCACUCCGGAUACGGUCCACCGAUGGACGAGCUGACUCUGAGUCUGAGUCUCGCAGCUUACCAGAGUAUGUACACACGUAUGUAAUAUGUAUGCAUCUUACUACACGGCCACGACCACGGCCUGCUGGGCUCUAGCGGUUGGAAUCUUCAGGCUUUCCCUCCCCCUCAUCCUCCCUCUCCCCCUCUUCCUCCUCCUACGCGCUGCAUACCAUGCACUCGACAUGAAUGUUUGCAUAAGUACAUACCUCUUACAUACUACUACUACUACUACUACUACUACUACUACUACUACUACUACUACUACCACUACUACUACUACUACUACUACUACUACUACUACUACUACUACUACUACUACUACUACUACUACUACUACUACUGUUUGGUAUUUUACCCGAAUGGAUAUUGCCAUAUAGUAUCACCCAGAUAAGCCUAGCCGAACGACCCUGCCCUU